UCUGCAGCCUUGUGGUUCCACACAAACAACAAAAUGAAGUUUCAGAGCCUUUUUGGAUCCUUAAAAUCUGUCGUCAUUGGUAUGAUUCAUGUUAAAGCCUUGCCAGGUACUCCUCUGGGUUGUUUAAAUAUGUUGCAGAUUGUCAAAGAAGCAUGCUGUGAGGCAGAGGUCUACCUUGAAGCAGGCAUUGAUGGUUUGAUCAUUGAAAACAUGCAUGAUGUCCCCUACUCAUUCAACGUGGGCCCUGAAGUGUGCGCCUGUAUGACUGCGGUCUGCUCUGCUGUCAGACAUGUCUGCCCCACUCUGCCCCUUGGAGUCCAGAUCCUAUCUUCUGCUAACCAGCAAGCGUUAGCUGUAGCUUUGGCUUCAGGUCUGGAUUUCAUCAGAGCAGAGGGUUUUGUCUUUUCUCAUGUGGCGGACGAGGGUCUUCUGAAUGCCUGUGCUGGUGACCUUUUGAGAUAUCGCAAGCAGAUUGGAGCAGAUGGGGUUCAGAUCUUCACCGACAUCAAGAAGAAACACAGCUCUCAUGCUCUGACAGCUGAUGUGACGAUAAAGGAGACGGCCCGAGCUGCCGAGUUCUUCCUCUCAGAUGGAGUCAUCAUCACUGGGGCAGCGACCGGAGAUCAGGCUGACCCAUGUGAGCUCACAGAGGUCUCCCAGUCUGUGAAAAUCCCAGUGCUCAUCGGUUCUGGAGUGACAUACGACAACGUUGAAAACUUUCUGGAUGCCAGUGGAAUGAUCAUUGGAUCUCAUUUUAAACUUGGUGGCCACUGGGCCAGUGCAAUUGAUUCAGAUAGAGUCAAGAGAUUCAUGGCAAAAAUCCAUCACUUACGAAAGCAACAGAGCUAGUUCUCACCACCACUAAGCUGCUGACUGACAAUAAAGGCAGAUCAGAUUACUUCCUGUUUGUCUGGCCUGUGCUUUAUUAUUUUAGUCCCAUAUAACCAGAGCACCUUCUUCCAUAUGAGGGUCUGCAACCUGCGGCUCCAGAGCCACAUGUGGCUCUUUAUAUCAUCCACUGUGGCACUUAAUAACUUUGGCCAAAAAUACUAAAUAAUUAAUGUUUUAAAAUUUAAAGGUCUUUAAAGAUGCUAUCUGUUUUCAUGUAACAAUGUAGAGAAUGUUUUUUAAACCUGCUGUCUGACUGUGCAGUGGGAUGGUGAGUGGUGCUGGGACCUAUCUCCAGAGGUCACCAGGUGAAAGACGGAGAAUGUAGAGAUCAAUCAAUGUGACAGUGAUAUCACAUUGAUUGUAACAAUGUGACAGUCAUGUCACAUUGAUUGUGGGAGGAAGCCGGAGUACCCAGAGAGAACCCACACAUUCACUAGAAGAACAUGCAAAGACCCCCAGCUGCAAGGAAGUGCUACUAACUGCACAUUGUGCAGCCCUAAGUAUGUGCUUUAUCAAAAUAAUUUUUGAUUAAAAUAUAUUUUUAAUGGAAUGUUACAUUCCAUUGAAAACUGUAUUUGUUGCUUUUGUGUAAAUAAGUUUCAUAACUAAA